UUAUGUCUAUGCUUCUCUCCAACCUGACUAACCUAACUUAACUCGGAGCCGGAGUAAGUUUGUUGUGUGUCGAGAUUGAAGUUAUGUAUCGCGUAGAUAUGAGUGACAAUGUCGUAUCAAGACAGUGGAUUUUCAACGAUGUACGAUCGACAGGACGACUAUGAUCUCGACGAGGACAAUGAGGAGUACCUGGAGGAGGACAGGGAUGCCGAGGAGCAAGAUGAAAGCGAUGAAGAUACCGAGGAGGCGAGCGAAACCGAUAUGGGAAAAUCCGAAGAAUACACAGAAAUCAAAGAACAAAUGUACCAAGAUAAACUAGCCAGCUUGAAGAAGCAACUGCAGCAAUUGAAGGAAGGCACGCAUCCCGAAUACAAUCGUAAACUGAAACGACUGGAGGCGCAAUAUAAAGAACGAUUGAGACUUAAUAUAAUUUACCGAGAUUACUUGACGGAAUGGGUCGAGCGUGAUUACAUAUCGGAGAAAAAGGCAGCGGCGAAGGAAUUUGAAGAGAAAAAGAUCGAUCUUAAGGAAAAUUUACUUACUGACAUGGAGGAAAAGCGAAAAAUCAUUGAGUCAGACCGCCACACAAUGGAACUCACUGGUGAUUCUAUGGAGGUAAAACCGGUAAUGACGAGAAAAUUGCGUAGACGUCCCAACGAUCCAGUACCUGAAAAAGUAGAAAAACGGCGAAAACCGCCUCCCGCACAACUAAAUUACGUGCUGGACGAUAAAGAUAUCGAACUUGAUUUAAAAGCGAUCAAUCGUGCGAAAGCGCCGACCACCAUUCGCAAGCCAGUAGUUUUACCACAUUACAACAACGCGGUCAAUAUUCCAUCACAGCAUAUAUCACAGCCGCCUGAAACCCCAUUGGUGGAAACUCGCAUAGAGGAUGGAAAGUUAUUAUAUGAGCGAAGAUGGUUCCAUCGUGGUCAACCUGUCUAUGUCGAAGGCAAGGAUCUCAAUAGGUUCGCGGCGAAUAUUUCCGCAAUCGGCACCGAAGCGAUCUGGGUGAAGAAAGUAUCGGACAGCAGCAAAGUACGCAUUUACACGUCACAACUAAGUCGUGGGAAGAUCUCCAUCAAACGACGGGCGUCCUAAUCAACUCCUCUAUUAUCCUUGCAGGCAUCCCUUCAUCAGACUUGCGUCACGUUGCGUUUAUCGUUUCUAAUUAAAGCAGUAUUUCCCGGAAUUAAA